AUGUUGACUAUUCUCUUCAUCUGUCUCUGCCUUGGGAGCAAUGCAUACGCAGAUUAUAUCGACAGCAGCUUGGCGAAGGAAGAGCUAACCAAGAUUGCCACAACCUGCCUAACGAAUCAAGAUUUCGAACUGCUGGCUGGAAACACUUUCAGAUAUCAAUUAGUAGAAUCUGUUAUCUACCCUUUAAUCGAAGAGAGCGUGAUGACCAUAGGUCUUGAAGAGUUACGUACCGCACUCAAAUUGUCCCCACUUCCACCUUGGAAACCACAUAACCAAACCAAACCGAGUGAGCAUGAACUGGCAUUAGCAAGUACAAUCGAAGAGUACUACAAUUUGAGAGAGCCGCGCUCCAAAAAGAGAAGUCUCGAUAGCCCAUACUUCUUCCAGCAUAACAUAGACACUGCUGUUACAUACUUGAACGAGCGGGUUCCCACGAUACAAACCAUUUUCAAGAAAACAUUUGAAGAAGUUUGUCCUUCUUCUCCAGAGGUGUUGGAUAAGAAAGAAAUUGAUAGUAUGAUUGAACUGUAUCACGCGACGGCUGUUGAAGUACAAAAGGCAACUUCGAGAAUGCUAUUUUAUAUAUUUGAAUGUAGGAAUGUAAACUAA